GUUCUUCUAGGCCGCCCUCCAUAUAUAUUUAUCGUUGAGCGUAGCUAUAGAUUUCAUCCUCUUUACAAUCUGUGUUCCUUGCCAAAUUUUAAUAGCUAACUUAUCAACUAAGAAGAGUCAUUCAUGGAGGAGUCAGCUGAUCAUCUCUCUGUGUCAGCACCCACCAUUCUCAUCACCAUCUUUGCCUUGUUUAUGUCAAUCCUUUACAUAACAAGCCUUAUCACUAGGAACGGCGAUACUAGCAAGAAGCAAUCAGCUGGCGACGUCACGAAAAAGAUGGCCCCUGAUGCGGGCGGCUCAUGGCCCUUCCUCGGCCAUCUCCACCUCUUGGGCGGUCCCCGCCCUGCCCACUUGGUCCUGGCUCAGAUGGCCGACAAGUGCGGCCCGAUUUUCACCAUCAGGUUAGGCCUUCGCAGAGCCGUGGUGGUUAACAGUUGGGAACUUGCGAAGGAGUGCCUCACCAGCAACGACCGGGCAUUUGCCACUCGUCCCAAGACUCUGGGCUCGGAGAUAUUGACCUAUAACUAUGCGAUGGUGGGAUUCAGCCCAUACAGCCCAUAUUGGCGCCAUGUGCGAAAGAUUUCGACCCUAGAGCUGCUUUCCACCCAUCGGAUCAGCCUCCUCAGGCAAGUCCGUGAGUCUGAGGUUCUCGCCUCAGUGAGGGACAUAUAUCAGGAAUAUCGAAGAAAGAACGCCAGUAGCAUCAGUAAUUCGAGGGCUGAACCAGCAUCAUUAUUGCUCGUGGACAUGAAAAGGUGGUUCAGGGACAUCACUGUGAACAUAAUGUUCAGGAUGAUUGUGGGGAAGAGAUUCCAUGAUGAUGGCGAAGGCGACGAGGAGGGGAGGAAGGCCUUGAGGGACUGGAUGGAGCUCAUAGGGAGAUUUGUGGUGUCCGAUGGGCUCCCGUUCCUAAGGUGGCUCGACUUGGGCGGCCAUGAGAAGGCCAUGAAGAAGACUGCCAAGGAGCUCGACCUGGUGGUGCAACAAUGGUUGGACGAGCACAAGGCUAGGAGGAACUUGGAUGGGGAGGCUGGUGCAGUAAAGAGUGAGCAAGACUUCAUGGAUGUUUUGCUAUCUAAUCUUGACGGUAAUGCGGAGAUCAGCAGUUAUGAUUCCGAUACCAUCAACAAAGCUAUGUGCUUGGCAAUGAUUUUAGCUGGCACAGAUACUACAACAGUGACCAUGACAUGGGCCACUUCUUUACUGCUGAACAACAAGGAAACCCUAAAGAAGGUCCAGCAAGAACUCGACACCCAAAUCGGGAGGGAUCGGCAAGUGAACGAAUCGGACCUCAAGAACUUACCUUACCUCCAUUCCGUCAUCAAGGAAACCUUAAGGCUCUACCCUCCAGGCCCCUUAUCCAUCCCCCAUGAGGCCAUCGAGGACUGCAACAUCUCGGGCUAUUUUGUUGCCAAGGGCACCCAACUUAUGCUAAACCUGUAUAAGAUACAACGUGACCCACGUGUAUGGCCCGACCCAUCCAAGUUCUGGCCUGAGAGGUUCCUGACCACCCACAAGGACAUUGAUGUUAGGGGACAAAAUUUCGAGUUCAUACCUUUCGGGAGCGGGAGGAGGAUGUGCCCUGGAAUCUCACUAGCCCUCCAAGUUGUUGGCCUUGCGCUCGCUUCUUUCCUUCAUGCUUUCAAUGUUCAGACGCCGGCGGACGAGGCAGUUGACAUGGAGGAAGCUGUGGGGCUGACCAAUCUCAAGGCCACCCCUCUCGAAGUUCUCAUUUCUCCUCGGGUUCCCAAACACGUGUAUUACAAGUAGUUGCGCCAUGUCAAAGGACUUUCGGGCAAAUAAACUGCUUUGUUUUAUGAUCAUCUCGACCUUGGCCCGAACUGAAGUGACUGACCUUCUUGUAACCUGUUGUGUGUUUGAAUAACGUUCUUGCUUGCUUGAGUUUUACGGUCAUAA